GUGCCUCGGGCGGCGCGGGUGCAUCGCAGCUGCGGAGUGCAAGCAGGCUGGCGGGUGGCGGGUCCGCAGCGGCACGGCGUCCGGGCUCCGCGACGGGCUGAGGGCCAUGGCCGCCUCUCCGGGCCCGGCCGGCGGUGCCGCCGCCGGGGCAGUGCACGGCUCCGGCCCGUUUGGCCUCGCCUUCGACUCCGGACUCGAGAUCAAAACUCGCUCAGUGGAGCAGACGCUGCUCCCGCUGGUUUCUCAGAUCACCACACUUAUUAAUCAUAAAGAUAAUACCAAAAAGUCUGAUAAAACUCUGCAAGCAAUUCAGCGUGUAGGACAAGCCGUAAACUUGGCAGUUGGAAGAUUUGUUAAAGUAGGGGAAGCUAUAGCCAAUGAAAACUGGGACUUGAAAGAAGAAAUAAGUAUUGCCUGUGUUGAAGCUAAACAAGCAGGAGAAACAAUUGCAGCGCUUACAGAUAUGAGCAGCUUGAAUCGUCCAGAAUCCGAUGGCCAGAUCACAAUUUUUACAGAUAAAACAGGAGUUAUAAAAGCUGCAAGAUUACUUCUUUCUUCAGUGACAAAAGUGUUAUUGCUGGCAGACCGAGUAGUCAUUAAGCAGAUAAUAAGGUCAAGAAAUAAGGUUCUUGCAACUAUGGAAAGACUGGAGAAAGUGAACAACUUUCAAGAGUUUGUCCAAAUAUUCAGUCAAUUUGGAAAUGAAAUGGUGGAGUUUGCACAUCUUACUGGAGAUAGACAAAAUGAUUUGAAAGAUGAAAAAAAAAAGGCAAAAAUGGCAGCAGCUAGGGCAGUUCUUGAAAAGUGUACAAUGAUGCUUCUCACAGCUUCAAAGACGUGUCUCAGGCAUCCCAACUGUGAAUCAGCCCAUAAAAACAAAGAAGGAGUAUUUGACAGAAUGAAAGUGGCAUUGGAUAAGGUAAUUGAAAUUGUGACUGAAUGCAAACCAAAUGGAGAGACUGACAUUUCAUCUAUCAGUAUUUUUACUGGAAUUAAGGAAUUCAAGAUGAAUAUUGAAACUCUUCGGGAGAAUCUUUAUUUUCAGUCAAAAGAGACUCUCUCUGCGAUGCUGGAUGCCCUCUUGGAGCGCACAGAGGACUUUACUGAUUGUGCCUAUACCAGCCACGAGCACAGGGAACGCAUCUUGGAACUGUCAGCUCAGGCCAGGAUGGAACUGCAGCAGUUAAUUUCUGUGUGGAUUGAAGCUCAAAGAAAGAAAACAAAGAGCAUCGAUGAAGAACUGGAACUCGCUAUAUUGAAAAUCAGUCACAGCCUCAAUGAACUUAAGAAAGAACUUCAUAGUACAGCAGUUCAGCUGGCAGCAGAUCUGGUAAAAUACCACGCUGAUCAUGUGGUUCUCAAAGCAUUAAAACUUACUGGAGUAGAAGGAAAUUUAGAAGGUUUGGCUGAAUAUGCCUGCAAACUCUCUGAACAGAAAGAGCGGCUUGUUGAGACCUGUCGAUUGUUGAGACAUGUGUCUGGGACAGAACCUCUUGAAAUAACCUGUAUACAUGCAGAGGAGACAUUUCAGGUGACUGGCCAGCAGAUAAUUUCUGCUGCUGAAACUUUGACAUUGCAUCCAUCUAGUAAAAUUGCUAAAGAAAAUCUAGAUGUAUUCUGUGAAGCCUGGGAAUCCCAAAUUAGUGACAUGUUAACACUGCUGAGAGAAAUCAAUGAUGUGUUUGAAGGAAGACGAGGAGAGAAGUAUGGCUACCUUUCACUUCCAAAGCCAAUGAAGAAUAACGCAAACCUGAAAUCAUUAAAGCCAGACAAGCCUGACUCUGAGGAGCAAGCCAAGAUAGCAAAGCUUGGACUCAAGCUGGGUUUGCUCACCUCUGAUGCCAACUGUGAGAUUGAGAAGUGGGAGGAUCAGGAGAACGAGGUUGUUCGAUACGGACGGAACAUGUCCAGUAUGGCCUAUUCUCUGUAUUUAUUUACUAGGGGAGAGGGGCCAAUAAAAACUUCCCAGGAUUUAAUUCAUCAACUAGAGGUAUGUUUUAUUUCCAUUUUAUGCUAAUACUUUAUUUUUAUU